GGUGAUGCUCGUGGGGUGGGGCGGCAACAACGGCUCCACUCUGACCGCUGGGGUCAUCGCCAACAGGGAGGGGAUCUCAUGGGCGACCAAGGACAAGGUGCAGCAAGCCAACUACUAUGGCUCCCUCACCCAGGCCUCCACCAUCAGGGUAGGCAGCUACAAUGGGGAGGAGACCUACGCGCCUUUCAAGAGCCUCCUGCCCAUGGUUAACCCUGAUGAGUGAUGACCUUGUGUUCGGGGGCUGGGACAUCAGCAAGAUGAACCUGGCCGAUGCUAUGACCAUGGCCAAGGUGCUGGACAUUGACCUGCAGAAGCAGCUCAGGCCCUACAUGGAGUCCAUGGUGCCACUUCCUGGCAUCUACGAUCCGGACUUCAUCGCUGCUAACCAGGGCUCCCGCGCGAACAAUGUCAUCAAGGGCACCAAGAAAGAGCAGGUGGAGCAGAUCAUCAAGGACAUCAGGGAGUUCAAGGAGAAGAACAAAGUGGACAAGGUAGUUGUGUUGUGGACCGCAAAUACUGAAAGGUACAGCAAUGUCUGUGUUAGUCUCAACGACACAAUGGAGAAUCUCCUGGCAUCUGUGGACAAGAAUGAGGCGGAGAUCUCGCCGUCGACGUUGUAUGCAACUGCCUGUGUCCUGGAGGGUGUACCGUUCAUUAAUGGGAGCCCACAGAACACCUUUGUGCCUGGGCUGAUCGAUCUUGCUAUUAAGAACAACUGCUUGAUUGGUGGUGACGAUUUCAAGAGUGGACAGACCAAGAUGAAGUCUGUCUUGGUUGAUUUCCUUGUUGGUGCUGGAAUAAAGCCCACCUCAAUUGUCAGCUACAACCACCUGGGAAACAAUGAUGGCAUGAACCUUUCUGCACCUCAAACAUUCCGGUCCAAGGAGAUCUCCAAGAGCAAUGUGGUGGAUGACAUGGUCUCAAGCAAUGCUAUCCUCUACGAGCCUGGCGAGCAUCCCAACCACGUUGUCGUGAUCAAGUACGUGCCAUACGUCGGAGACAGCAAGAGGGCCAUGGAUGAGUACACCUCAGAGAUCUUCAUGGGUGGUAAGAACACCAUUGUGCUGCACAACACCUGCGAGGACUCGCUCCUUGCCGCACGCAUCAUUCUUGACCUGGUGCUCCUGGCUGAGCUGAGCACCAGGAUUCAGCUGAAAGCUGAGGCAGAGGAGAAGUUCCACUCCUUCCACCCAGUGGCCACCAUCCUGAGUUACCUCACCAAGGCACCCCUUGUUCCCCCUGGCACACCGGUGGUGAACGCUCUGGCGAAGCAGAGGGCGAUGCUCGAGAACAUCAUGAGGGCCUGCGUCGGGCUGGCCCCCGAGAACAACAUGAUCCUGGAGUACAAGUGAUAGAAGAAGCAAUUGGAUGCAGGAGGCUAAUGGAAGAGAACAAGAAAGGCGAGAUACGCUGUGGGAAUUUGUUGUCUUAUCUUUGUGUUUUCUGCGUUCUUUCAUUGUCGUUUUUAAGCUUUUGUACUUGUGAGAUAAUUAUCAGGGCUCUGCUAUUACGGCAUGAAGCCUUUAAUGGUAUCGGAGUAAUAUCUAUGAUCGAGGGUGCUAGUUCCUCUCUGUAUUCGUAAGGAAUUCCUAGUUUUGCAAA